AUGUUACUUUCCUUCUCCCUUUCUUCAUAUUUUCCUCGCUUCCUUUUCUCUUUCUUCUAUUAUAUUCUCUUCAUUAUUUUUCCGUUACCUCUUUGUCUCAUCUUCGUCACCAUUCUUUCUUUCUUCCUCUCCUCUUUCUUCCUCUCCUCUUCUCUUUCUUCCUCUCCUCUUUUCUUUCUUCCUCUCCUCUUCUCUUUCUUCCACUCCUCUUCUCUUUCUUCCUCUCCUCUUCUCUUUCUUCCUCUCCUCUUCUCUUUCUUCCUUCCUCUCCUCUUCUCUUUCUUCCUCUCUUCUUUUCUUUCUUCCUCUCCUCUUUUCUUUCUUUCUUUCUCUCCUCUUCUCUUUCUUCCUCUCCUCUUUUCUUUCUUUCUUCCUCACCUCUUUCUUCCUCUCCUCUUUUCUUUCUUUCUUCCUCUCCUCUUCUCUUUCUUUCUUCCUCACCUCUUUCUUCCUCUCCUCUUUUCUUUCUUUCUUCCUCUCCUCUUCUCUUUCUUCCUCUCCUCUUUUCUUUCUUCCUCUCCUCUUCUCUUUCUUCCUCUCCUCUUUUCUUUCUUCUUCUCCAUUUCUCUUUCUUCCUCUCCUCUUCUCUUUCUUCCUCUCCUCUUUUCUUUCUUUCUUCCUCUCCUCUUCUCUUUCUUCCUCUCCUCUUUUCUUUCUUCCUCUCCUCUUCUCUUUCUUCCUCUCCUUUUUUUCUUUCUUCCUCUCCUCUUCUCUUUCUUUCUUCCUCUUCUCUUCUCUUUCUUCCUCUCCUCUUCUCUUUCUUCCUCUCCUCUUCUCUUUCUUCCUCUCCUUUUUUUUUCUUUCUUCCUCUCCUCUUCUCUUUCUUUCUUCCUCUUCUCUUCUCUUUCUUCCUCUCCUCUUCUCUUUCUUCCUCUCCUCUUCUCUUUCUUCCUCUCCUCUUCUCUUUCUUCCUCUCCUCUUCUCUUUCCUCCUCUCCUCUUCUCUUUCUUCCUCUCCUCUUUUCUUUCUUCCUCUCCUUCUCUUUCUUCCUCUCCUCUUUUCUUUGUUCCUCUCCUCUUUUCUUUCUUUCUUCCUCUCCUCUUUUCUUUCUUCCUCUCCUCUUUUCUUUCUUCCUCUCCUCUUCUCUUUCUUCCUCUUCUCUUUCUUCCUCUCCUCUUUUCUUUCUUCCUCUCCUCUUUUCUUUCUUUCUUCCUCUUUUCUUUCUUCCUCUCCUCUGUUCUUUCUUCCUCUCCUCUUCUCUUUCUUCCUCUCCUCUUCUCUUUCUUCCUCUCCUCUGUUCUUUCUUCCUCCCCUCUUCUCUUUCUUCCUCUCCUCUUUUCUUUGUUCCUCUCCUCUUUUCUUUCUUUCUUCCUCUCCUCUUCUCUUUCUUCCUCUCCUCUGUUCUUUCUUCCUCCCCUCUUCUCUUUCUUUCUUCCUCUCCUCUUCUCUUUCUUCCUCUUCUGUGUUCUUUCUUCCUCCCCUCUUCUCUUUCUUCCUCUCCUCUUUUCUUUCUUUCUCUCCUCUUUUCUUUCUUUCUUCCUCUCCUCUUUUCUUUCUUCCUCUCCUCUUCUCUUUCUUCCUCUCCUCUUUUCUUCCUUUCUUCCUCUCCUCUUCUCUUUCUUCCUCUCCUCUUUUCUUUCUUCCUCUCCUCUUUUCUUUCUUUCUUCCUCUCCUCUUCUCUUUCUUCCUCUCCUCUUUUCUUUCUUUCUUCCACUCCUCUUUCUUCCUCUCCUCUUUUCUUUCUUUCUUCCUCUCCUCUUCUCUUUCUUUCUCUCCUCUUUUCUUUCUUCCUCUCCUCUUUUCUUUCUUUCUCUCCUCUUCUCUUUCUUCCUCUUCUCUUCUCUUUCUUCCUCUCCUCUUCUCUUUCUUCCUCUCCUCUUUUCUUUCUUUCUUCCUCUUUUCUUUCUUCCUCUCCUCUGUUCUUUCUUCCUCUCCUCUUCUCUUUCUUCCUCUCCUCUUCUCUUUCUUCCUCUCCUCUUCUCUUUCUUCCUCUCCUCUUUUCUUUCUUUCUUCCUCUCCUCUUCUCUUUCUUCCUCUCCUCUUCUCUUUCUUCCUCUCCUCUCCUCUUCUCUUUCUUCCUCUCCUCUUCUCUUUCUUCCUCUCCUCUUUUCUUUCUUUCUUCCUCUCCUCUUCUCUUUCUUCCUCUCCUCUUUUCUUUCUUUCUUCCUCUCCUCUUUCUUCCUCUCCUUUUCUCUUUCUUUCUUCCUCUCCUCUUUUCUUUCUUCCUCUCCUCUUUUCUUUCUUCUUCCCAUUUUCCUUCUCAAUCUUCUCUAUUUCUUUCACAUCCAUUUCUCUCUUUUUAUAUUUUCUUCUUUUCUCACUUUAUUAAAUUUAUGUCACUUGUCCUUACUUUCUUCAUAG